AUGAAGAUGAAGAUGAGCGAUGAGACGAUGGAUGCCCUCUUCCCCAUCGGAUACCCCACGCCACCAGACGUUAUGUUCAAGAUCAUCCGGAAACUCGAGAGAAAGACCGUCAUGGCCGAGAUGCAGCCGCUGCUCCUACGCCUUCGCGAGAAGUGGACUGACGAACUGAGCGCGGAUAUCGCAGCAACCCUCACGCCCCACAAGCUUCAGGUGAUGGAGCCGGAGGCCAAGGCACUGUUCUCGGCAUGGAUCCAUCAACAGAAGGAUCAAAAGUACGUUCAGUGGCUCAAGGACGCAGAGGCAGACAAGACAGCCAUCGAACGGCAGGAGAUGUUGACAAUUCCCGGCUACAACUACUGGGCGUCUACUGUAGUCAUGCGCUCUGCUAUCAAAGAGAUGGGGCAGGCCUUGGAGAAGCUCACGCUCGAACCUGAGCAGAAAGCUCUUUUCGACGACUUGUUGUCGAUGCUCGCAAUGUUCUUGCUGCGUGUGGAUUGGCACACCAGGCGUGGGAUUGAACUUCCACAACUGGAUCCCGAACUUGUGGAGCUUCUCACUAUCCACAACGAGAAGGGAAACCACUUGCAUCAGGACAAGGGCUCUUUCGAGAAUUGA